GCCGAGCAGCGCACUCUCCACCCGGGGCAUCGGCUCUCUGCUCGGUCCAGCCUGCAGCGGAACCGGCGGUCCGGACGCGUUCCCCCCGCUGACAGCCUGAAGGGAUUAUUACUGUCGUUACCGAGCCGCGACUGUUUCCCCGUGCCGGAUCUGGAAGUGUCGGGUCUGUUCUCUGCUGUGAAGAAGUACCUGUACUGAGAGCAACUGCAGCCCAACAGGAACGCUUCUGGUGUGGCACAGACUCUGCCGCAGAUCAUUGCAUUACCCGACAAUCAUGCCCCGCAGAUAGCAGCCUCGUCCUCCUCUCCACUCCCCCUCCCUGCCCCUCGGCCCCUUCCUCCUCUCACCUUCCUCGCCACCGCCACCCGCACCGCCACGGGCCGCCAUGCCCCCCAGGAAGAGGACGCGGCCGGGCCUGGGCUUCCUGUGCUGCUUCGGCAGCAGCGAGCCCCCGGAGAUCAACCUGAAGGACAGCGUGCCGCUGCAGCUCCUGGAGUUCAGCGCCCCCAUGCCGCCUGCCGAGGAACUGCACGCACGCUUUUCCGAACUGGUGGAUGAACUGGACCUGACAGAUAAAAACAGGGAGGCCAUGUUCGCCCUGCCAGACGAGAAGAAAUGGCAGAUCUACUGCAGCAAGAAGAAGGAGCAAGAGGACCCCAACAAGCUGGCCACCAGCUGGCCCGACUACUACAUCGACCGCAUCAACUCCAUGGCAGCUAUGCAGACAUUGUUUGCCUUUGAUGAGGAGGAAAUGGAAAUGAGGAACAAGGUGGUAGAGGAUCUGAAGACCGCCCUUCGGACUCAGCCAAUGAGGUUCGUCACGCGCUUCAUCGAGCUGGACGGCCUCACCUGCCUCCUCAACUUCCUGCGCAGCAUGGACUACGAGACGUCGGAGAGCCGCGUCCACACCUCCGUCAUCGGCUGCAUCAAGGCCCUGAUGAACAACUCGCAGGGCCGGGCGCACGUCCUCGCCCACCCGCAGAGCAUCAACACCAUCUCGCAGAGCCUGCGGACGGAGAACAUCAAGACCAAGGUGGCCGUGCUGGAGAUCCUCGGCGCCGUGUGCCUGGUGCCCGACGGACACAAGAAGGUGCUGCAGGCCAUGGCGCACUACCAGAAGUACGCCGCCGAGAGGACCCGCUUCCAGACGCUGCUGAACGAGCUGGACAGGAGUACGGGCCGCUACAGAGAUGAAGUCAACCUGAAGACCGCCAUCAUGUCUUUCAUCAACGCCGUGCUCAACGCCGGAGCCGGAGAGGACAACUUGGAGUUUCGCCUCCACUUAAGGUACGAGUUCCUGAUGCUGGGCAUUCAGCCCGUCAUCGACAAGCUCCGGGAACAUGAAAACGCCACUCUGGACAGACAUUUGGAUUUCUUUGAAAUGGUGCGGAAUGAGGACGACUCUGAGCUGGCCAAGAGAUUUGAUCUGGUCCAUAUAGACACAAAGAGCGCCGGUGCUAUGUUCGAGCUUCUCAAGAAGAAACUGAGCCACACAGAUUCUUACCCACACCUCAUCUCCAUCCUCCAACACUGCCUGCAAAUGCCCUAUAAACGUGGAGGCGGCAGCCUGCAGCACUGGCAGCUCCUGGACAGGAUCCUCCAGCAGAUCGUCCUCCAGGACGACAAAGGCGAGGACCCCGACGUCGCCCCUCUGGACAACUUCAGCGUGAAGAACAUCAUCCGCAUUCAAAGCUACCACCGAAGCUCAAGGUUGGUCAAUGAAAACGAGGUGAAGCAGUGGCGCGAACAGGCCGAGAAGUUUAGAAAAGAUCACGGAGAGCUCCUCGCCAAGCUGGAGAGGAAAGAGCGGGAGUGUGACACCAAGACCCAGGAGAAGGAGGAGAUGAUGAAGACUCUGAACAAGAUGAAGGACAAGCUGCAGCGCGAGGGCGUGGAGCUGCGCUCGGCCAGGGAGCAAGUGCUGGACCUGUCGACGCGCAUCAACGACAUCGCUCAGGGUGGAACCGUGUCGUUCCCGCCUCCCCCUCCCCCGCCCGGCGGCCCAGCGGCUCCGCCUCCGCCGCCGAUGACGGGCGGCUUCCCCCCGCCCCCGCCCCCUCUGCCUUUCAGCUGCCCGCCCCCUCCGCCGCCGCCUCCGCCGCCCGGGGCGCCGCCUCCUCCACCGGGAGCCCCUCCCAUCUUCGGAGCCCCGCCCCCUCCCAUCCCGUCCUCGUUCAACUCCAUGGGCACCAUGCGCUCCAAGUCCAUCCCUCAGCCGUCUCACCCGCUGAAGUCCUUCAACUGGGCCAAACUGGGCGAGCACAUGAUCAAUGGCACCAUCUGGAACGAGAUCGACGACCUGAGAGCCUUCAAGAUCCUGGACCUCAAGGACAUCGAGAAGAUGUUCUCAGCCUACCAGAGACAGCAGGACCUGCUCACUAACCAAUCCUUCAAACAGAAAGAGACGGGCUCCAUGGACGACAUCUACGUCAGCACGCGGAAAGUCAAGGAGCUGUCGGUCAUCGACGGCAGACGUGCUCAGAACUGCGUCAUCCUGCUCUCCAAGUUGAAAAUGAGCAAUGAAGAAAUCAAGAGAGCCAUCCUGGAGAUGGAUGAGAGAGAGGAGCUCGCCAAAGACAUGCUGGAGCAGCUGCUUAAGUUUGUGCCAGAGAAAAGUGACAUCGACCUGCUGGAGGAGCACAAACACGAGCUGGAGAGGAUGGCCCGCGCCGACCGCUUCCUCUUCGAAAUGAGCAGAAUUGACCACUACCAGCAGAGGCUGCAGGCGCUGUUCUUCAAGAAGAAGUUUGCAGAGCGACUAGCUGAAACCAAGCCGAAAGUUGAAGCCAUUCUGAACGCGUCCAAGGAGGUGGUGCGGAGCAAGCGGCUGACUCAGGUCCUGGAGGUGGUGCUGGCCUUCGGAAACUUCAUGAACAAAGGCCAGAGAGGAAACGCCUACGGAUUCAAGGUGUCCAGCCUCAACAAGAUCGCCGACACCAAGUCCAGCAUAGACAGGAACAUCACCAUGUUGCACUACUUGAUCAUGAUCUUCGAGAAGAACUAUCCCGACACGCUGCACAUCCAGCAGGACCUCGGCAGCGUGCCAGAGGCGGCCAAAGUCAAUUUGUCCGAGCUGGAAAAAGAAGUGCACAAUAUCAAGAGUGGCCUGAAGGCUCUGGAGGCGGAGCUGCACUACCAGCAGAGCAGGACGAGGGAGCGCGGCGAUAAGUUCGUAGCCGUGAUCGGAGACUUCAUCACCGUGGCGGGCUUCAGUUUCUCUGAGCUGGAGGACCAGCUGAGUGAAGCCAAGGACAAGUUUACCAAAUCUCUGAAGCACUUUGGGGAAGACGAAGGCAGGAUGCAGCCCGAUGAGUUCUUCGGGAUCUUCGACACCUUCCUGCAGUCGUUCAGCGAGGCGCGGCAAGACCUGGAGAACAUGCAGCGGCGCAAAGACGAGGAGGAGCGGCGGGCGCGGAUGGAGGCGAUGCUGAAGGAGCAGAGGGAGCGGGAACGGCGGGCCAAGAAGAGCGGCGCCUCGGACGAGGUCAGCGGGGAGUUCGACGACCUGGUCUCGGCGCUGCGCUCCGGGGAGGUCUUCGACAAGGACCUCAACAAGUUCAAGCGGGGCCGCAAGCGCUCCGUCAACCAGCUGGUGGAGGGCGGCGGGCGGGAACGGGCCGUCACCAAGGUCAAUUACUAAGUCGGGGAGAGAACACAAGGAGGGAAAAAACAGGACGGCGUAAAAACAGACACACCUGAAUUCCGCCGCGGCGCGGAUCUCUCGGCUAACAUCGGAAAGUAUGUAAAUAAUGACUGGACUGGACUCGAAGUGUUGGAGGAUGCAGCACUCUCCUCUGAAUGGUCUCGUAAAGCUAUUUCCAACUCGUUCAUUCUGGACUUUGCACAAGGCGAAGGGUGGACGGACGGACGGACGGACCACUGUGACACAUUAUCCAACGUUAAUCGACCACAUCCUUCCCAACACUGUGCUCGAGGUUCUCACUGUCCAUCACCCCACUGUUCUCCACUCGUGCUCUUUCUCGUUUUCCCCUCGGUGCUCCUCUGUCAGCCCCUCAUCGCAGGGGAAAAAAACCCAGGUAAUUUGCCAUCUGGCUCUUAAAUGCGAAGGACGUGGAGAUUGCACGGUCACAUUGUACAUAGACAUGAGGCCACGAGAUCGGAUUGGAGGGAUCGUUUGUCAGACUUCAGCAAAAGAACCUCUCCGGUCCAAAAAAAGAAGAGGUUUCCCUGCCUCAGAAUGGAUGGAUGUUGAAGAACUUCAUUCACUGCCAAGUCAGUAAAUACUAGAAUGAUUCGUAGCUUUUGAAAGAGCGAGGGUGGAUUCACAGCGCGUGGUUUUAGCUUCAGAAGAGGACAUUCAUCCCGACGGCCUCCUGUUCCCGUCUCACAGCAUUCCCGGGGGAAGUAGCACAUCCCAACCUGCAGGAAAUCACGACUCCUCAGCUUGAUCCACCCCGACGAUAAAGCGGUGACUGUGCCACAUGGGUCGAGCCUCGCCUGCGCUCUGAAGUGGGUUUCAGCAUCGUUCUGGCAUCAACCAGUGCCAAAGCAAAGAGAAAACACAUGUAAAUGUAUUAAUACAAAAGAAAAAAAAACAUACUGCAAUUAGGCAUUGAUAUAUAUUUAUAUUUAGAUGCAGACAAGCUAAUUGCAAAGAUGUAGAGGUUUUUUUAUGUUUUGGCAUUUUGGGAUUUUGUACACGCAAUGCAUCCUUUGUUGGUGUUGCAAGUUCACGUUGCUGUUGAAGUGAAUUUCUAUACAUUUUGCGCUUUAUGUAAAAAAAAAAACAACAAAAAAGAUACUUGCUCGCCCUUUUCACACCUGUAUGUCUCGUUUGCACUGUAGCUUUUCUAAAAAGAAGAAAAAACAAACACUUAAAAGUCAACAAGCCAACUCCAGAGUCCUCUCUGUUUUCAAAAUGACCUUUUUUUAAAUAAUGAAGAGAAAAAAAGAGAAAACGCCAUAAAUAAAAGUGAAAGGCACAAUCUGCGGUCAGUUUACAAUGCCCUCCCUGCUCUCUGCCACUCUAUAAGAGCCAUAUCUGACUCUAUCAGCAGCAACUAGUCAGCCAUAUGAUCUGCGAACCAUUCCUCGAUUACUAACUCGGAUUCGGGCUCGUCAUGUAGCAUAGGUGAUAUAUCACUUGGAAAGCAUGGAAAAGGCUGCGAUCAGGUUUUGAUGGUUUUUUUUAAACGAUGCUUAGGAACAAGACUCACUUCAUUUUGCAGCUUUUGUCAGGAAACGCCAGAGGCUGUAUAUGAAUGCAGACGACACAUCUCUCUUUUCCAAUGGAGGCUGCCACAACAACAGCAUAAUCAAAAGUUAUCCCUAAAAGAUCAUCUUCGAAGACGUUUACAUUUUCACAUUAUUAGGUAUACUGACAAACAUGGUGAUUUUUUUAAAUUAUAGUGUGAGAAGUUUAACUGUAAAAUCAUGACAUUAAGUUAUGCUAUAUUGCUAUAUAUAAUGUAGUAAUAUUUUCAUGUUAAUUUGAGAUUCCCGGUACAAUGUUCAAGACACUGACUCCGAUUCACUCUGUUUUAGAUUUUGUGGCAUCAACAUACUUCAGUAACUCCACAUUUCUGUAUUCGAGUGGAGCUAGAAGACAUUGAAUCUGAAGUUAUGGAUUCCCUCUGGCUCACUCAAGUGUGCAGCUGAUUGACUGGCCCUGCUUGGCUUUUACCUCAGUCUAUCCAUUACACACCAGACCUAAACUUCACUAGUGUAAGCGAGGAGUAAACCUGGCAGGUCAAGGCACUGCCGUAGUAGGAUUCAUAAAUGACGCAACCAGGAUCAGCACAGUGCCGACCGGUGUGAAGGUGUCACCCAUACACUCACAGACUUCACUGGAAUAACCAUCCACUUCUCAGGAAGCUUGUGAUUUAUCACUAAACUGCAACCAGCCACCAGAGGGAGCUUCAGAUAUAUUUUUAAAUUCAGUCUACAUUUCUGUACAGUCUCUGAGAAAAGCCUGUAUUUCUCAAAAUGUUUCUGAAAUUUUCAAUGUAUUUACAUAAGCUGAGUCAUUGGCUGCAUCAUGAAUUUGCCAGUACUGUUGUUAAGAGUGAAUGUCAUCGUUAUUCACAACAAUAAAUGAGCCCACAGAGAAUGAUCUAAUAAUGAGAGGAAAUCUUUCUAGUGUGGUCAGAUCAAGUUGAAAUAGAACGUAAACAUAGAAAUACUGUGGUAAAUACUGUACUUCACUCAUUUCAGUCAUUCCAUCCACGUAUGUGGGUACUACAGCACAGUGCAGUGUGGGUGUGGUGUGGUGUGUGCAGGAUCGUAGCAGGAGGAUUGGUCGCUUUCGGGACCGUAAUCUCUUGCGUAAGCCCAUUCUUUGAGGGUCAAACAAGGGUUUGGUAACAAGAUUUACUCAAAAAGCCAUUGGUUCUCUCAAAUGGAGCUUUUAUUUUCCAAGUAAUUCCACUCUCCAUGGCUCAGUCAUUGACUAGCAUCAAGUUUCUACUGCAGUUCACCAACUGAUGCCACUGUUUGAACUGAUGUAUAAGCAAGUUGAGUGUUUUUAUGUGGAAUUAAGACGUUACCAGGCCUCUCUCAUGGUGAUCGACCAUGAGGGGAUUCAAACAUUAUUUAAAAAAAAAAAAAAAUCAAUGCUGAAAUUUCCAAUUUUGGCCCUACAAUACAAAGGCGAUCCCAGUUUGUCCCUCGUUCUGCCAGUUUCUCAGUCCUUAAACAUUUGCAAAUGUUCACCUUUAAGUGCCUCAGAUCCUGCUUCCACACGUGCACCAUGCCUGCUGCUGUGCUGCAGUGCAUGGAGCUUUCCAAAACCAGAAAAAGGUUCAGGGGUUGCUGUUGAAAUGGGCAGUUUUCGUAGACUGAUGGCGCCAUCUUGUGGCUCCAGAGCGCGUACUGCACUUUGAAUCCAUUCUAACAACACAACCGGUUCCUCGCCAGGACUCCAUCACAGAGAUUUGUUCUCCUCUUUCCCCUGCAACUUGAAUUUAUGAUGAUGUUUUUACACCUGAUGCUGAAAACACACCCUGAAGCAGUGCAGAGAGGAUGUUCCCACACUUCAUUUGUAAACACAGGAGACAAAAUGACACCCGAUUGCUUAUUCUUAAACCAGCGUCUCAUGUAUAUUCAAGCUACUCUUCUUUCUAACCUCUGCUCAGACUUGAGCAGAUCCUUUGUAUGGCACUUCUGCAGAGAUUCCUAACUGUACGCCUGCAUUGUAGUGCGGACGAUUUACCGAGAGGGCGGGGAAGAAGCGUUGCGACAUUGUCAGUAUUAACAUGUGUUUGUCUCGUUCCAUGUUUGGUUGUGUUAUUUUGGCCAUUGACUGGCUAAUUUUGGAGUGUAAAGGUGGAAAUCAGAGGAAAAAAGGACAUUAGUAGCUUGUUCAAUGCACUUUUUUUUUUUAUAUAUAUACGAUGGGACAUUUCCAUUUGCGGCGCCAUUUUCGAGGGCUCGGGUCCCUCCAGCAAUGACAGGGGUGCAACAAGAGUGUGGUGCUACAAAAUAUAAAUAUAUAAAUAUACAGACACACAUACACACACAAAUAUAUAUAUAUAUAUGAAUAGAUAAAUAAAGUGAACAUGGUUUGUAAAGAGAGUGGAGGGUAAGUGAGGUUUGGGACUCCGGCUGGGCCGCUGGAAACGCAUUAACCGUCAGACUUUUUGAAUGGCAGAAGUGGGAAUUGAAGAGGUGACACUCCGAGCUGCGUUUAAAUGAAAGAAAGGAAGAAAAAAAAAAAUCUGGGUUCUUUUUUUUAAUUUCAUGUCACCACCAUGUUUUUGUCGUUUCAUGCACUUGGCGUCGACCUGCAUGCCAGAACAUGGGUGCACACAGUGUGACGUGGUUCUUUCUUUUUUUUUUUUCUUCAACCUCCUUUAACAGAAAAUUGCUUGUGGAAUGGAACACGUCUGUUGUGCCGCAAAUCGUAGCGCCUGAGUAAAGUCGCAUCAGAGGUUGUGUAAUUGUAAGGACGUCAGUAUUACUAUGGUUGGAAAAAACAAAAAAAAAAGAUAAAUAUCCUCCACCGAAUGAUGUACAGUUGAAAAAAAAAAAAAAGCAUUUUGUACACCAUUCUUGAUGUUUGAGA